CAGGGGUGACUGACCAUUUGGAAACUCGGGUACUGCCCAAGGGCCGGGGAUCAGUAGGGGGCCCCAUGAGAUGCCCCUGGUACCUUUUUCAUAGGCUUUUUUGAGUUUGGGCAAGGACACAAGGGCCCCAUGAUCCCCUAUUGCCCGGGGCCCCAUGAGUUGUCAGUCCACCCGUUUCUUAGUGCCGCCCACCUGUGCCCAGCAGUGCACCCACCAGUGCCACCCACCUGUGCCCAUCAGUGCAACCCACCUGUG